AUGCCAGUUUCAUCUCCUGAACUCAUUGGAGCAAUAAGCAAUGCUAUAACUAGUACAGAAUGUACUGCGCCUUCAGUUACAGUACAAUACACUGCUUAUUCUCUUGGCGCUUCAAUUAUUAAACCAAUGGUUGUACAAAUGAAAUGGGACAAACCGAUUUUGGAACUAAAUUCACAAAUUCUAUCUGAAAUGGUUUUGAAUUAUGCAAUAGUUUACGGAAUCCCUACAGUCAAAAAUCAUCCAGAUAAAAUUGUUCAGUAUAUUACUAGCGGUGCUGCUGUUACACUAUAUUUCAAGCUACUUGCAAGACUUCUUGAGGAUAUUGAUGUCGUUAUUAAUGAUACAAAUCUAAUUUUAUACGAAUUUUUCCAGAAAAAGAUCCCAUCUGACGUGAUUUUUAAUGGAUUGAAGAAUAUUCGUGAAUAUGCAGAUAAUAUGUCCGAAAUUUGUCAGUAUGCAGACAUGGAAAUUGCUAUUUUGCCUUCCGAAUUCCAAAUUACACAAACCUUUGACAGGUUUAAAGCAGUAAUUGAUAAUAUCAAUACACUUUGUAAGUUAAUUGAAACAAUUAUCAAUACAUAUCUUAGAAAUCCCCAACAGGUUGUCAAUUAUCAAGUUCAAUAUGAAAAAUUGCAUGAAAUUACAUCAACGAAUGUCCCUGUAUUUACGAGAUUGUUUUCUUACCUCGCUGAUCAAGCAAGUUCCCAAUAUACACCAGUUUUUGAAGAAAAUGAAUUUAAUAGCUUCUGCAAUUAUCUUAAAUCGCUGAAUGAUAUUGUAUCUAAGGUAGUUUUAGUAACUUUCAAGAUUACAAAGUACAAUCCUCCAUCAUUUCCUGCAAUUCAACAAAUAUUGGAUCAAUUACUUGUCAGAUUUUCGAUCAUUACUAUUAAAAUGACCAGUUUAAUGAGAUUCAGAGGUGAUUACAACGACGACAUAGAAGAAGUCGAAAAGGCUUACAAAGAAAUUGGUCAAACUAUCAAAUCUCUUUAUGAUUCAUUAACGCAGACAUUGGCCACGAUUCCUGCUCCAAGUAGUGUCCUCAUUGGAAAGCGAUUGAAUGAGACUUUUGAAACUUUGGCACAAUUAUUAAGUCCAUUAACUCAAAAACUCAAUUCAGUUGAGGAAUCGAUACACUCUGACCCUAGGUCAUCUGUGUUCCAAUUCCACAGUAAGUCUUUUGAGACAGAGCUCGUAAGAAAAGCUCAUCCAUUUAUCAAAGCUCAAAUCUUGUUGACAUGGAACUUAUUUAACUAUCAAAUCCCUAUUGAACAAGUUAUAACUGAAUGUUACAAUGUCGAAAGCUUCUUCCAGAGCUUCAAUGAAGCGAUAUCAAAGUUCAUUUCCGAAUCUAACAAUACACAUCUUCAAAAACGCUACGGAAGACAAAGAGCGAACAUAUUCUACGAAUAUACACAGUUUGUUCAGUCUCUCUACAAUCUCCAGCAAGAUAUUAAAAGUACUUCUGUCAGAUCUUUCGUUGCAAUGUGCAGCAUCAAACUUAUCUUUGCUCUUUGUUCAUUGGACAACGAUCAAGUCAUCGAAGAUGCUUUGGAUGCCCUUAGAAAAGGCCUUGCAGUUAAGAAUGCGAUGAUUUAUUCUGAAGAAAAGAACACAGUUGUAAAAUUGCUUGAAACAGUUUCAGUUUAUGUAAAUCCUGCUGAUAAACUUGCUCAAACAAUUUUGGCCAUUUCUAUCAAGAUGAUCAUUGAAUCUGCAGAUAAGAUCCCUCAAGACAUUCAACCAGAAGAUUACGAAAAAGUCACCCAUGUAUUAGACCAAAAUUACAACAUUGGAUUAGCAAUGAGCGCGAUACAAACAUCUAUUCCAAAAACAUCUCAAACCCAAUCUUUGUUGUCACAGCUUGACAUCUACUCCCAGAUUUUCAUGAAGUUCAGUCAUGGCUACAGAGUUGCAAUAAUGAUGCAGACUGCUCAUGAAGGGGAAACAUUGAUGAGAGCAAUGACGCAAAUGUUGACAUCAUUGAAUAACACAGGUGAGAAAACGAAAGCAUUAAGAGAAAGUGCUUCAGAUUGUGUUGCAUCAUUGAAGAAUGUUUUGUCGAAGCCGCCUCCUUACGGUGUUUUUUACAGAAACUACAUGACAGAUAUGUUCAAACUGAUUACUUCUGCUUAUAAAGAAGUAACUCAAAUGACUUGGGAAUUCGAGCAAAUAUUUGUUGAUUCAAAUGAUUCGGCAAAUAUAAGAAAUUCAAUUAUGACAUGCAACAAAUGCGUUGAAAAUGUGAUUAAAACAAUGCCAUUUGUUCACAGAUUAUUCCAUGAGAAUCGUUUAGAAGUUCCUGCUUUGUCUGGUGUUAUUGCAAAGGAUUCGAUUGAGAAAUGCAUUCAGCAGAUAAAGCACUUGCAGAGUGAUCCUGUUCAGAACUAUGUUUCGGCUUUCAACACUGUGAUCAAACUCAUUGAAACAUCUUAUGAUAUAGGAACAUUCACAGGAUUUAAGAAUAUUGCAAAUUCCCUCAAACAAAAUGCAGAGCUUUUGGAUUCUGUUGCAACAAGAAUCGCUUUAAGUGGCGGUACUGUUAACGAAGACAUUAAACUCGCUCUUAAGGGUGUUGAAGAAGCACAAAAGAGAUUAAUUCCGAUAUGUGAAGCUCUUGAAUUCGAAUUAGUUAGUAUGCAAAAAUAA